AUGAGCAAAAAACUCCUUGUGGAGAUGCUGAACCUUCACCCCACGAUGACAGCCGCGCUACGACAGGUGAAAAUGCACCCAACGCCGUUUCAAGUUCGUGUGCUUUCGAACAUCAAAACGGAUUUCGCAGAUGUUGUAGUGGACGGACGGGCCGCAGGUGGGGGAAAUCAAAACACCACAAAUAGCAACAACAACAACAGUUCUAACAGUGGUGGUAAUAAUGAUGGUGGGGCGUUGAAUUCGCGCACUGCCUUAACAGAGCGGUAUACACUCAUUACCGUCUUUCUGGGGCAUUGUCUUCUCUCUACGGAGGAUCAACUGCGGUGUACGGCGGUGCUACUGGCGAACACCAAAGACUCUGCGGCGCAACUGAGGAAGAUUAUGAAACCAUUUGCGCAGCUGUGCGAUAUUGAGUGCCACGUGUUGACACAAGAAGGACGACCGCCAUCAUCGGUGUUGUUACCAUCAGGUGCGGAUGCUGCUGCUGCUGCUGCGAACAACAACAACAACAGCAAUUCCCAGUCAUCUGCGUCUGCAGGUAAAGUUCGUAAUGUUAUCAUCACCACCCUUCGUGUGUUGCGUUCAUGGAAUAAGGAACUUCUGAGGUCCAUCACAACAUUUGCGGUGGAAGAUGCGGGUCAUCAUAAUGAACGACAUCUAGAGGAGAUUCUUCGAGGGAUAACAUCACAACCACCACAACCGGCAUCUGUAUCAUCGUCAUCCCAACAACAAGUACAAGGGGGAGGAGGGAAUAGUUCUAUUUCCGCAUCAAAUCCACACAAUACAACAAAACGUACGGCGAAUAUAUUUCUUAUGUACCUUGCACCACUCACAAAAGUGAGUCCAAAGAUUCGCUACUGUUUAAAUCACAGAAACCGACGUUAUUAUCAUUUGCAAGGUCCAUCUCUUUCUGCUGGAGCGGCGUUGCAGACUCCGUCCGGUACUGCGCCGCCGUCGUCCACACAAUUGGUGUACCUCUUAUACUUGGAUGAGAAGGAUCGUGAGGAGUUGCUGCGUCGUGUGUUGCAAAUCUACCAAUCACGCCGUGUGGUAAUACUGACUCACCACAAGGAGAUUAAACACCUGUAUCAAACAGUAUCUAAAUGGGGUCUCUACAACGCUCCCAGUGAAUCACUUGCUGGGGGAGGUGGUAAGGGUUCUAAUUUUAUGUGCUGUAUGUUUCGUACGGAUAGCCGAGAACGGCGGGAUACAUCCUUGAUGGGAUUUCUCGGCGAUUCAAGUACCAACAGUUCUUCCUCCACUGGAAACAGCAACAAUGACAGUGGCAAUAACAACAACAACAACAAUGCUAAUAAUAAAGGUUCCUCUGCGCUUUUAGUAACCUGGGAUGCUACGACGGAGAUUGAUUUAAUGGAUGUGGAUGUACUCAUACAGUAUUACCCACCCCAAAAGUCUCUUACCGAGCGUGAACGUCGAGAGUAUGUUCAAGUCUUGCACACUACAGCCGAUCCGGAAAAUAGCCGUCGUGGGCGUCGUACAAUGCUCAUCACGUUCAUCUCUACCAAUGACUUUACACUUGCCUCUUUCUUUAUGGGGCAAUAUGGACAAAAUGGUCCAAUCCUCAAUCUCACCCCACAGCACCAACAGUUUGAGCGCUGCCUGAAUGAUCCCAAAAGGGUUCUCCGGUUAAAAAUGGAGAAGGAAGAAGAACGACGAGAGAGAGAGAAGGGCACCGCUGGUAGUAGCAAUAGUGCUGCUGCUCAUUCACAACAACAACAACAACAAUCACAACAAAACACAAAUAACAGCAGUGGAUCAAGUGGUGGUGGUGGUGGUGGGGCGGCGGCUCCGCUGCCAGUGCCACGUUCCCGGCUCAACGUGUCUUCCGCAACGGAGAAGAAAAAGGACCAAAUGCGUAGCAGAAGCAACCGCAAAGGCAGUGAUAAGAACAACCGGAAUACAUCUAGUGGACGCAGUGGCGGCGGCGACAGACAACACGAUGAGAAGAAGUCUGUCGACUCCGCAUCGCGGCGCACAACAACUUCGGGUGUAGACGGGUCGAAUGGACACGGUUCAAAGAGUGGGCCAUCCACCUCAGCAACAUCCACGAAUACUACUGGUAGAGCGGCAGUGGAGGGAUCCCGUGGCUCGCAUCCAUCACGAUAA